UGCAGGCCGGCCCAGGGCAGCCUCAGACAGGCCGCAGACCUGAGCUCCAGACUGGCUGACAGGGUCAAAGUGGAAGGUGCAGAAGCUGGAGAAGGCCCUGGAAGGCAGCCACGAGGGUUCUACACACCGUUCCCUGAGAGCGAUCGAGGGUGAGCCCCCCAGCCGCAUGCCGGGGGCCAGAGUGGCCAUGUUGGGCUCAAGCAUGCUCAUCGGGAGCCCCACUGCGGAGCCCAGCACCAGAGAAGCCGGCAGGCCGGGGAGAAGCCCCCACCCCUGCUCCCGAGCUGGGGACCCGUCCAAGCCCCUGAGCAUAAAGGACAAGAUAUCUGAGUGGGAAGGCAAGAAGGAGCCCCCCAUGGGACCGGGCAGUGGGGCCGAUGGGCCGGAGGAGACCCUGGCUUCCUGCACGAUGGACAGAGGGGGCGAGGGGGCCAGAACUCGCCUUUCCGACGCUAGGAAUGGACUAAAGCCUCACCCAGAGAGCCCGGAGACUGACUGCAGGACAGCAAGGUUUAGGGAUCCCCAUGCAGACCUGGGCCAGAUCAAUGAAGGCCACAGUCGAGGCCGGGAGCCAAGGCUCGGCAAACCCCACUCCCAGAGCGACCACCGCUCAGUGCUGAAGCAGGUCAAGAGGCUGGAGCAGGCCUUGAAGGACGGCUCAGCCGGCUUAGACCCCCAGUUGCCGGGGACCUGUUACUCCCCACAUUGCCUGCCUGACAAGGCAGAGGAGGGGUCUCCCCUGUCUGAUUGUGCCAGGGUCGGGGGUCGUUCAGAAACCCAGCCCAGGGGGCACCAGCCCUUGAACCUGGAGGGCAGGGAACGGUCCGUGGAGGCUUCCGAGGACAAGAAGGGCUGCCAAGGCGCCUCCCAAAAGCCCUUCAUCAACCCCCUGCCCAAACCCCGGAGAACGUUCAAACAUGCGGGAGACGGGGACAAGAAUCCACACCCAGGCCCAGGCCUCAGGAAAGAGAAGAGGAACCUGCCCCCCCUGCCCUCCCUGCCUCCCCCACCCCUGCCCUCCUCUCCCCCUCCUGCCUCAGUGAACAGAAGACUGUGGGCGGGAAGGCCGAGGUCCAGCGCUGACCACAGGAAGUCCUAUGAAUUUGAAGACUUGCUGCAGACAUCCUCCGAGAGCAGGGUGGACUGGUAUGCCCAGACUAAGCUGGGGCUCACACGCACCUUCUCUGAGGAGAACGUUUAUGAGGACAUUCUAGAUCCACCAGCGAAGGAGAACCCUUACGAGGACAUCGAGCUCCAUGGCCGCUGCCUGGGCAAGAAGUGUGUCCUCACCUUCCCCGUGUCUCCCACCUCUUCCAUCCCAGACACAUCUACCAAGACAUUGUCCAAACCGACUUUUUUCCGGCAAAAUUCCGAGAGGAGGAAUUUCAAGCUCCUGGAUGCUAGGAAGCUGAGUCGGGAUGGAACUGGGUCCCCUUCCAAAACCAGCCCCCCCUCCACGCCCAGCAGCCCCGACGACACCUUCUUUAACCUAGGAGACCAACAGAAUGGCAGGAAGAAGAAGAAGAUCCCCAAGCUGGUGUUGAGAAUCAAUGCCAUUUAUGAGGCCCGGAGAGGAAAGAAACGGGUGAAGAGGCUGUCCCAGUCCACAGAGAGCAACUCAGGAAAAGUGACAGACGAGAACAGUGAGUCCGACAGCGACACAGAGGAGAAGCUGAAAGCUCACAGCCAGCGCCUGGUGAACGUGAAGUCCCGUCUGAAGCAGGCCCCUCGGUACCCACCUCCCGCCAGAGAGCUCCUGGAGUACCAGGAGAGGGAGCUGUUCGAGUACUUCGUGGUGGUGUCCCUGCACAGGAAGCAGGCGGGGGCUGCCUAUGUGCCUGAGCUCACCCAGCAGUUCCCCCUAAAGUUGGAAAGGUCUUUCAAGUUCGUGAGAGAGGCUGAGGACCAGCUCAAGGCUAUUCCUCAGUUCUGUUUCCCAGACGCUAAGGACUGGAGUCCUGUCCAGCAGUUUACCAGUGAAACAUUCUCAUUUGUCUUAACUGGAGAAGAUGGGAGCCGAAGAUUUGGAUAUUGCCGAAGACUGCUGCCUGGGGGUAGAGGGAAACGCCUUCCUGAAGUUUACUGCAUCGUGAGCCGGCUGGGCUGCUUCAGCCUCUUUUCAAAGAUCUUGGACGAGGUGGAAAAGAGACGCGGCAUCUCCCCGGCCCUGGUGCAGCCCCUCAUGAGGAGUGUCAUGGAAGCGCCUUUCCCAGCCCUGGGCAAAACCAUCCUCGUCAAGAACUUCUUACCAGGCUCAGGGACUGAGGUGAUUGAGCUGUGCCGCCCACUGGACUCCCGGCUCGAACACGUGGACUUUGAGUCUCUCUUCUCCUCCCUCAGCAUCCGCCACCUGGUCUGUGUUUUUGCCUCCCUGCUGCUGGAAAGGAGGGUCAUCUUCAUCGCCGACAAGCUCAGCACCCUGUCCAAGUGCUGCCAUGCCAUGGUGGCUCUCAUCUACCCCUUCAGCUGGCAGCACACCUACAUCCCUGUGCUCCCGCCAGCCAUGAUCGACAUCGUGUGCUCGCCCACGCCCUUCAUCAUCGGGCUGCUGUCCAGCUCGCUGCCGCUGCUCAGGGAACUGCCGCUGGAAGAGGUGCUCGUGGUGGACCUCAUCAACGAUCGCUUCCUCAGGCAGAUGGAGGAUGAAGAUUCCAUUCUGCCCCGGAAGCUUCAGGUGGCCCUGGAACACAUUCUGGAGCAGAGGAACGAGCUGGCCUGUGACCUGGACAGAGGGCCCCCGGACUGCACCUAUGGCCCCGCGUCCAGCCCCUUGAAUGCGGUGGUGUCCGAGGCCUUUGUCCGCUUCUUUGUGGAGAUGGUGGGCCACUACUCCUUGUUCCUGACGCCGGGCGAGCGGGAGGAGCGGAGCCUGCAGCGGGACGCCUUCCGCAAAGCCGUCUCCUCCAAGAGCCUGCGCCGCUUCCUGGAGGUGUUCAUGGAGACCCAGACCUUCCGUGGCUUCAUCCAGGAGCGGGAGCUGCGCCGGCAAGAUGCCAAGGCAGCUGCUGAUGGAUGA